GAUAUUAUCUUCACUAAGAAAGCGAACACGGCUCGUUAGCUCACAGAGGGGACUGAGCGCGGAAAAUAGUAUGAACAAGGGCCGACAACCGUAAAGUGGUUGAAUUCUGGCAUUGAUUAAUUUUUAAUAUAUAGAUUGGCGCUAUCGGUUUGCUUUGUUCGGAUGCGGCUGCCGAGAGGCUAUAGAGUGGUCUGGAGAUGCGGCGAACGCACCGCUCCGUGCCGAGGAACAUUCUCCCAUUAUUUCACAUCGCGAAGCAUACUUGGCGCCCUUCGAUUUUGCAAAGACCAGGUGACAAUAUCGACAAAUUAAUCGAUAUUCCGAGUUCGCAUCUCGUUGAGAGUUGACUCUACGUCAGUUUUGCCAUGUAUGCUUCGCACUCAGUGCCGCUCGCUAGGAUACCAGGUCCGUCGGGACCUGAGGGAGGCACCAAAGACGGGAUGGCAGGCGCCACUAAUCUUGCCCGCCUUUGGGCGUUUCAACACCUCAACGCCACGCAUACUGUGGUUGGCGCAUUCAGCAAUGUGGCAGCGCGAUGAGAGGGGCAGUGGGGCGGGAGAAUGAGAGAAGGCGGGGAGAUGAGGUCGCGGGGUCAGUGGAGGCGUAUCUUGGCAUCCUCUCCACAAUACUACCUCUAGGUGCGGCGAUAUGCCUGGUGAAUGCCGUUGCAGUCCCCCUGAAUCUCACGGAGUAUUUGCAUCUCCGCACAAAACUUCAGGCCACACGGGCCGCCUCUAUAGAUUGAAGUCUGACCUAGUCAGCCUCUCUAUCUCUCCGCCAUGGGCAUCCCCACAGUCCAUUUCUUGCAUUCUCCCGUCUGGCCCGUCAGCCCGGGGUCCACCUUCCAUUAUCCUUCUGGAAGCGCCGUCUCGAAGCCAUUUGCUGCAGAUACAGGCCAAUGGAUAAUCAUGCGUGCCGACAGGCACAGCCUGAGUUGUCUACUCCCGGUAGAUCAUGGCGUAUAAAGCUGUGCCCGAUCCCACCUCAAAUUCCUUUCUCUCAUCAUCACAGUAUCAAACUCUCAAGACUCUCCAGCUCACUUCAAUCAUGAUGUACCCACGCGCCCUUCUCGUUUCUGCUCUGGCAGCCGCUGUGGCUGGCCAACAGGUCGGCACUCUCACCGCGGAAACUCACCCUUCCAUGACCUGGCAGACUUGCACUGCCCCAGGCAGCUGCACUACCAACAACGGAAAGGUCGUCAUUGAUGCCAACUGGCGUUGGGUUCACUCCACCAGCGGAUCAACCAACUGUUACGAUGGACAGACUUGGGACGCGACCCUUUGCCCAGAUGACAAGACCUGUGCCGCCAACUGCGCCCUGGACGGAGCCGAUUACUCUGGCACUUACGGUGCUACGACUAGCGGAAACGCCCUUUCCCUGAAGUUUGUCACCAAGUCCGCCCAGACAAACAUCGGCUCUCGUCUGUACAUGAUGAAGGAUGACAGCAACUACGAGAUGUUCAAGGUGCUCGGCAAGGAGUUCACCUUCGAUGUCGAUGUGUCGAACUUGCCCUGUGGACUGAACGGAGCUCUGUACUUCGUUUCCAUGGAUGCUGACGGAGGAAUGACCAAGUUCCCUACCAACAAGGCUGGUGCCAAGUACGGAACGGGAUACUGCGACUCCCAAUGCCCCCGUGAUCUCAAGUUCAUCAGCGGCCAGGGUAACGUUGAGGGAUGGACCAAGUCUUCCAACGAUGCCAACUCUGGUAUCGGUAACCACGGUUCGUGCUGUGCUGAGAUGGACCUGUGGGAGGCCAACUCGAUCUCGAACGCCUACACUCCCCACCCUUGCGACACCCCCGGCCAGACCAUGUGCACCGGCAAUGCUUGCGGUGGCACCUACAGCAACGACCGCUACGCCGGAACUUGCGAUCCUGAUGGAUGCGACUUCAACCCUUACCGCCAGGGUAACCUGAACUUCUACGGCCCAGGCAAGACCGUCGACACCAAGUCCAAGUUCACCGUCGUCACCCAGUUCAUCACCAACGACGGAACCGCCACCGGUACCCUCACCGACAUCAAGCGCUUCUACGUCCAGAACGGUGUCGUCAUCCCCAACUCCGUCUCCUCCAUCGCCGGCACCAGCGGCAACUCGAUCACCACCGAUUUCUGCACUGCCCAGAAGUCCGUCUUCGGUGACACCAACGACUUCGCCAAGCACGGUGGCCUCGCCAACAUGGGCGCUGCCCUCAAGGCUGGUAUGGUCCUCGUCAUGUCCGUCUGGGAUGACCAUGCAUCCAACAUGCUCUGGCUCGACAGCACCUUCCCCACCGACUCCACCAAGCUCGGUGCCAAGCGUGGUACUUGCGCCACCACCUCCGGUGUCCCCAGCGACGUCGAGGCCAACGUCCCCAACUCCUCCGUCACCUACUCCAACAUCAAGGUUGGCCCCAUCGGCUCUACCUACGGCUCCGGCUCCGGCACUGGCACUGGCACCACCACCAGCGCCGCCCCUCCUACCCAGAGCACCACCCCACCAACUGGCGGCGGCACUGCUCCCAAGUGGGGACAGUGUGGUGGUAUCGGAUGGACUGGCCCAAAGACUUGCGUCGCCGGCUCCACCUGCACCUACGGCAACGACUGGUACUCCCAGUGCUUGUAAGCAAAGAAAGUCAAUUGCUUCAUGUCGGGCACGUAGGGGCGAGGAAGACCGUCUAUGGUGGUUAGAUUCGGACCUUGGGGACUGGCAGGGAGUGGUGUAUAUAGGAAUAGAGCUUCUGCUGUCUGUAUAUAUUCUAAGAAGCGGCUUAUGUUGAGAUAUGAUUGUUAUUUUGGGGUUUACGGCGGUUGAAGAGGGUUAGAGUCGAGUUUGAUAAAUAGGCAC